AUGUUAUCAUCAUUCAACAGACAUCUGAGGGAACACAAUUACGCCUACUGUCUCAUUAGGAGCGAGGAGUUCGCCCAGCUUAAUAUGGUCAUUGCUUCCAAGCAAGUGGAACUGAAAAGAAGUGGGAGAGGAAACAGACCUCGUAAAGCGGAUUGCCUCACAGAGGAUGAAGUCGACAGGCUUUACUCAUCAGGUCAACUGGGAUCACACACACCGGAGGCGCUCCUGCACACUGUAUGGUUUAACAAUACCAUAUACUUUGGUAUGAGAGGAGUGCAGGAGCACCAUGAUAUGAAGUGGGGCGAUUUGAAACUGAAGCAGGACGGUAAUGGCGACGAUUAUGUCGCCUUCUGUGAGCGAUCUACAAAAACAAGAGGUGGAGCAGAUCCAAAUAAUAUCAGACAAGUUGAGCCAAAGAUGUGGGCUACUAAGGAGAACCCAGAACGUUGUCCUGUAAGGAUGUUCAAAAAGUAUUUAGAAUUGAGGCCAACACACUACAUGAAGGAAACUGAUCCCUUUUAUAUAUCAACUUGUACAGACAUGAAUAAGUCCAAGAAGUGGUUCAGGGGACAGCCAGUAGGGAUCAACAAGUUGGGUUCCUUCAUGAAAUCUAUGGCGAAAGCAGCAGGUAAUUUAUGUUUAACUAUAUGA